AUGAGAUUCUUGCGUUCUCGCGCGCGACUCCAGCACACAGUAUGGACUAUGGACUCGCGAGCGAGAACGCAACUCAUGCUAGCGGGUACGACACGGAGCGCUCGAGAGCGCACACCGCGGUUAGACACGGCCAUUUACGGAUAUUUUAAUUAUUAUAAUAAAAUGGUGAGCUUAGAAGCAGUGACAGAGCCAGUACAGCUGGGGGAAGGCCCACACUGGGACCACCGGGAGCAAGCGUUAUACUUCGUCAGCAUAUUGGACAAGUCCAUCCAUAAAUACGACCCAGCGACCGGCAAGCAUACACGAUCUGUGCUCAGUGACAUGCCCGGCUUCGUAAUUCCAAUAGAAGGCAAGCCCAACCAUUUCGUAGUGGGUCUGAAGCGGCGCAUCGUCGAGGUCGAGUGGGACGGCAAAGAUGGAGGCGCAAGAGAGCUCAGAACUGUUACUGAAGUGGACCAGGACAGUGGGUUUAAUGAUGCCAAGGCUGAUCCUCGCGGCAGACUGUUUGCUGGAACGAUGGGUCACGCAUAUGCGCCCGGCAAAUUCCACCUCAAGAAAGGCGGUCUCUACCGAAUGGACCAGGACGGCAGCGUCAAGAAGUUGGUGGAGGGCGUGGAUAUCUCCAACGGACUAUGUUGGGACGUGAAGGAGAAGGCAUUCUACUACGCAGACUCUUUGGAAUAUGAUGUACGGCGGUAUGAUUAUGAUGUGGAGACUGGAGAGAUUUCAAACCCUCGCUUCGUGUUUAACUACGCGAAACACGGAUUAAAAGGUAUCGUGGACGGCAUGACCAUAGACACUGACGGCAAUAUCUAUAUCGCCAACUUUGAUGGACACCAGGUACUAAAAGUCGACCCUCGUGAAGGCAAGCUCCUCCAGAAAAUUCGCAUUCCUGCGCUACAGGUGACCUCAUGCACAUUCGGAGGCCCUACAUUCGAGGACCUGUAUGUAACGUCAGGAUGUAUGAACACCGGGACCGAACAGCCCCCGCCUUGCGGGUCUACGUUCCGAUUAAGAGGGUUGGGGGUACGCGGGCUGGAGAAUGUCAAUGUUAAGCUUAAUUAAAGUAUUAUUUAUUGCUCGAUUAC